UCUGAUCUGAAUUCUCAUAUAAAAACACAUCGACCACUCUCUGAGAAACGAAUAUUUCCAUGUCCACAAUGUGAUCGAAAAUUUUCGAAAAAAGGAUAUGUUGCCAGCCAUAUAAAGUUUGUUCAUGAAGAUAUUCGUCCAUUUAUUUGUGAGGAAUGUGGUGAAGGAACACGAACGGAAGCUACACUACGAGAACACAUGCUUACACAUACAGACCUUGCACCGUUUGAAUGCGAAAUAUGUAAGAAAGGUUUUAAAAAUCGUGCGCGCCUAAAGAAACAUAUGGAUACGCACAGUUCUAAUAAGCACAUCUGCAACGAGUGUGGUUUAAAACUGAAUUCUCGUGUGACUUUAAACUUACAUAUGCUCGUACAUUCUGAUGUUAUGCCACACAAAUGUGACUACUGUGGGCGGGCUUUCAAACGUGCCAAAACGCUGAAAAACCAUUUAAUACUCCACAGUGGUCUAAAACCUUAUUCAUGUGACUUCUGCGAUAAAACUUUUGCCAAUGGGGCUAAUUGUCGUACGCACAAAAGAAAAACUCAUCCGGAGGAAUUAGCAGCGUUAGAGGCUUCAGGCGAAAAAACAUAUACGAAAAAUAUACCAAAAUUGGCUGUAUUGAAAACGGUAACAAAAUCAGCCGAAAAUCUUAUCCCAGUCGUCUCCAAACAGAGUCGUGAUUUUUCUUAGGUAGAAAGCCGAAACCUGUGCUAUCGGGGAGCCAAACAGUUUUUAAAGAAAACAGUUUAAACAUUACUAGUCUUACGGAGAGGAAUAACAUACCAUCGUCAUUUUGGUAAAGAUAAAAAUUAUAUUAUUUUAAAUUUUUUAUACAAAUAAAUGUGCUUACAUUAAAAUCUA